AGCUGGAUGUUUUGCAUGAAAUUCAUCAACAAUUAAGUGAAAUUAUUUAGGACAUUUACAGAAGACGGGAAAUAUAUAGGCUGGGAAUAUCGUUUGAGGAACCCCAUUCAAGGACUUUCAAGGACUUUUUAAGACCUGUACAUUGGUCAGCUGUCAUCUUACACCAUGAAAUACUCUAGACAUAUCUAAUUAUAGGAGAAGAAAAUUCCUGGCAAUUUGAAGUAUGGAGGGACUGAUCGAGUGUUUUGAUUUGCUUCCAAAACAGCUUAAUAUCUUGCUACUGUGACCUGAUAAGAAAUGAAACUUUUGAAACAUUUGAUAACACGAUCUUGAUGUAGUGAUUGCAAUGGGGGUAAGCACAUCCACAUUAGAGCAGAAUUUAUCUGACCCAACCCUUGUGCGUGUACCUCGAUACACAUUAGAGGAGAAGAGGAAAAAGCAAUCAAAAUUUAACACCCUUAAGAAGAAGCUCUCAAGGAGUAAAAGUGGUUUCAAGAGCCAUGACCAUGGAAAAAUGCUGAGAGACUUAACACAAACAUGGACUGUACAAGAGAUCAAUGCUUUAGUUGAAGAAUAUGAAGCAAUGAUGAAUGUAAAAGAGCUAAAGACUCAAACCAAUCUUGUAAGGCAAUCUGCACCAAGUUUGAAGAAAGACCUUCUAAGGCUUCUAGAAGAAGGGACUUGUGCUGACACAACACUUGUAUUUGAGAACAACCAAUUCCAUGUGCACAAGGCUAUUCUUUCAUGUAGAUGUCCUUAUUUCAAGGAUCUUUUAUCACAGUAUACAGACCAGCAUCCUGUCAUUCCAAUGGACUUUAAAACAGAGGGAAUGACAACAGAAAUUUUUUCAGCUCUGCUCUGUUACUUGUACACUGGAGACUUUAUGACAAAAAAAUCAGGCUUAGAAUACAUUGAUGUUCUAAUCAAUUUGGGUGAAGAGUUUGGCACACCCAAUGUUUUGGAACAGGAUUUAAACUUACUUUUCAAAUGUGGUGAAUAUGCUGAUGUUGCAUUUGUUUUUCCAGCUCAAGACUCUUCCGAUACAUACAUGGCUGCAGAUGGCAAUGCAAUUUCUGAUCACACGUAUGAGAUUUUAUGCCACAAAGCUAUUCUUUGUGCAAGAUCACACUAUUUUAGAUCACUCUUACUCAAAUCCGACUUGAGUUCAAACAAAUGGAGGACAGGUUCUGGAAUGACAAGACUUGUUUUAGAUGAAUCAGUCAUAACUAGGCAGUACACUCGUAUAGCUUUACAAUGUAUAUACACAGACUCUGUAGAUCUGUCGUCUGUUGUUAAGUGGAGCUCUGAGGACAGGAAAUAUUGUUCACCCAGAACUCAUAAACUUUUGACGUCAGCAGAAAUUGCCAUGGAAGUAUUUGAGGUGGCAAGCUUCAUCGAUUUACCAGUACUGAUACAAGGUUGUGAAGACAUAAUUUUGGAGGAAUUGUCUCCAUCCACUCUUCUGCCGACACUGGAAUGGAGUUCUCUCCCUCAUGGAUCUGAUUGGGUCUACAGGCAAGCCAUGCAGUUCCUACGGGAAGAAUUUGUCAACAUUGCUCAAUCUGAGAUGUUUACUUUGAUGCCAAGGAAGUAUUUGAUAGAGGCAUUGAAGUCUGAUUUCUUGCAGGCCUGUGAACACAAUGUUCUACUGUCUGUCAUCAAAUGGGGUGAGGCACAGGUUAUUCGUCAAAUGAAUGAACAAGAUCCAGUCCAGGACAACAAGAAGAAUGCCAAGCGACGCGAAAUCGAUAACAAACAGCUAAAGAGGGUUCUGGCAGGCGUUAUCGAACAUGUGCGAAUUGGUCACGUGCUUCCCCCGCACAGUGAGCUCUUGGACGGGGUGUUCCGCAGGGGUCUUGUUGACCGGGGCAUGCCCCUGGAUAUUGGAGAAGGAAGUUUUUAUCCCAAUCUCCCAUGGAUGAGAAGGAGAGAAGAGAGGGACUUUGUCAGACCCAGGCUCUUCUUGCCUUACUUUGAGGAAGCUAAGGUCAUUCUUGAAGAACACAAAGAAGCGGAAAAAGAGCUAAUUAGAAAUCGGGUGUCACGGGCUCCGCACAACAUGCCCGACACACUGUACAUGUUAGAAUCGCACAAAAGGACCUACACUGCACCAGCGACCUUCUUUGCGUCUUUGGCAGCGGGAAGACUGGAUCGAGACGAUCGACGUCAAUCUAUGGGUCUGGGCUCUAAUAGGGAUGGAAACGAGUUGGAAAGAUACAUGAGAAGCGUGCGAACGAACGAAUGGUCUUCAGAUGAAAGAGAAGCUGCCAUUAGUGGCGCGCCAGUAACAGGGAGAGAGCUUGCUCUCCCGGAUGUAGCAAUGGAGGCACCAUCAUGUAUCCCGGAUGAUUAUUUGUACAGAAGAGCGGGGCCUUCUGCCGAGAUAUACCCAGUACCAGAUGUUGCCCUUCCCUCCUCCCCAGCGUCCAGUGUGUCUUCGUCCUCUGGUGGUGUUCCCCCGGAAUAUUUCCAUAUGGACCUUUUGUUGGAAUCUUUAGAUGAUGACGGAACGAUUGGGAGUAGCUAACGAUGAUCAUGAGUGGCUAAAUUUCUAUCAUUCUUAAUUAGCAACCAAAUUAAUAUUUCGUGUUAUUUUCAAAUAGUUAUCUCUAAUCCUUGUUUUGUCAAAUUUUGGUGAAUUCUGGAAUUCUUCAAACUCAGCUCUUCAACUUUGAGAGCCUAUGAUAGCAGAAGUUUAUCCUCUAUUAAACAGUUCAACGUAGAUGAAGCUGCAUUCGAAAAAACUGAAAAAACCACCGUACGCGGCGCAAUAUUGACCAUUAUCUUGCAAAACAUUGGACGCACAUCUUAAGGUAACGAUAACCUUUAAGUUUUGAAAUUCUUAAAGUAUGUAAGUUAUGGACAACGACUAAAUUUUUUUUCUAAGGAUAAAAAAGAAGAAAUAUUUGGAUUAAGAUUAAAAAAAAAAAGUCUUUACAGAUGCCAUGGGAAAUUAUGGAAUCCUGGGAGAUAGAGAGAGUAGUGGACCUUGCAGUACUGAAACCUUCAACUCCCAGAAGUGAUUAACAUGUAACUUCUCCCUUUAACAUCUAUACAUUUUCCAGCAAACAGGUAUUGAGAAUACUCAAACUUAUCACUGGUACAAGUUGUUAUCUUGAUCUUACACCAAGUCCUCGUAACUGAUUUAGAAGGAAAUAAUUUCAAUAUGUCAACAAAGUUGAAAUGGUAAAUUGGCCACCGUUACGAUUAUAAAAGCUGACGUUUCGAGAGUUAGCCCUUCGUCGGAGCGAAUGAUUUACAAGGAGAUGCGUAGCAGUAAGAUAAGAGAUUUAACGAUCAGACCUGGUUGUUUAAAGGGUAACCAACGCUAUCCACUGGAUUGAUGUCUCUCCGGUGUAUGUGACAGUACGCGUUGUUACCAUUUAUCCCCAGGUUAGCGUAGUAUCCGCUGUCAGAGCGUUAUCCACCCUUUGAACGACUGGGCACUGAUUUUGGGAGUUACGGAGUCAGAUGACUCUGCGGUUCAACAGAAACGUCAAUUUCCGUUUAACAAGUCAGACAGUUAUUUAGCUGGCUCAUGAAACCAAGGCAUUCUGAGAGUUCUCGUUAGCAAGCCAGUGAGAUAUGAUAUCAAUGUGUCUGAGAAUAAAACAAAUUCAUUAUUGGUCAUUA